GGAAAGUGCAGCGGUAUGAUCAGUUUCCGUAUGACAAAUCUGGAGUACCGAACGCGCGAUAAAAUCCGCGUCGUUCUUCGACGUUUCCUCGACGUUUCCGAGAAUCGUGAUUAAAAGAGACAGAAGAAGCCUCGCAUCUUGGAAGACAUCGCGGAUUGAAACGCAAUCAACGAGCUAUCAACGAUCUUUCCAACGUGCUUUAAAUCGAAAUUGACAAGAAGAUACGUCAGUCGUAGAACAGGUUCAUAUAAUAAUAGAUGAUUGAUGUCGUGACUCGUCAAGAUUUUCAAAAUCAAUCUACGUCAAUGGCUUCGUUUAUGAGACGCUAUGUUUAGAUAUAAUUUAGAUGUUCAUUGAUCCACGAGGAACCGAAAGUGAUCGUCCGGUGGAAAAAAUUUUCGAGCGAGAGGCUAACAACUUCCGCUCGAUUUUCGUCGAGAGCAUUCGCCGGAUUUCCGUACGAUAGAAUGUGCAGCUGAUCGGAAACGGCCCGUAAAAUAUGCUAGGUCGCGGAUUAAUGAGAAAGCGGAGAUUCCAAUAACUGGUUAAGUUUCUCAAUCAGGAAGGACAGGAGUCUCUUUGAUGUUCGCGCGUUCAAAACGAUCUCAUCGAUCCCUCCGCGUCGAUGAAUUCUUUAUGACGUACUCUGCAAACUCCAUUGCAUGCGCCGCUCUUUUUUUCGGGCCAUCCGUAUCACUCUCCAUACUCUCCGCUCUCUUCAGGAAUGACGUGGCACUUUCUGCUGAUCAUAUGCUGCUACUUGUAUGCCCUGUUUGACAUGACCGCCCCGCAUUUUCCAGAACUGGACUUCGAUGAGUACGGAAAGAAGGAAACCUCCUUGUCAUUGAGAGAUAUCCUGCCUUUGAAUCCGAAGCAGUACGAUAAACACAGAGCACCGAAAUUCCUUGGUCAGCCCACCAUCGUUUAUUUUCACGUGACAGUGCUUAGUCUGGACUCGAUAAAUGAGGAAUCGAUGACAUACGUGGCCGACAUAUUUCUCGCUCAGAGCUGGCGAGACUCUAGGCUGCGGCUACCGGAAAACAUGUCCGAGGAUUACCGGAUACUUGACGUGGAUUGGUUGCACAAUAUCUGGAGACCCGACUGCUUCUUCAAGAAUGCAAAGAAGGUUACCUUCCACGAGAUGUCGAUACCAAACCAUUAUCUCUGGUUAUAUCACGAUAAAACGUUGCUCUACAUGUCUAAAUUGACAUUGGUGCUCUCAUGCGCGAUGAAGUUCGAGUCCUAUCCUCAUGACACUCAAAUUUGCUCGAUGAUGAUCGAAAGCCUUUCGCACACGACUCAAGAUCUGGUAUUCCUAUGGAACAUGACCGAUCCCCUGGUGGUUAAUCCGGAAAUCGAGCUGCCGCAACUCGACAUAUCAAACAACUACACGACCGACUGCACGAUCGAAUACUCGACCGGAAACUUCACGUGCAUACAGAUUGUCUUCAAUCUGCGUCGGAGACUGGGUUAUCACCUGUUCCACACGUACAUCCCGUCCGCUCUGAUCGUCGUUAUGUCCUGGAUCGCCUUCUGGAUCAAGCCGGAAGCCAUCCCGGCGCGGGUCACCCUUGGCGUGACGUCACUACUGACCCUCGCUACUCAAAACACGCAAUCUCAGCAAUCUUUACCGCCGGUCUCGUACGUGAAAGCAAUCGACGUGUGGAUGUCUUCGUGCAGUGUGUUCGUCUUCCUGUCUCUCAUGGAAUUCGCAGUAGUGAACAACUACAUGGGGCCGGUCGCCACAAAGGCCAUGAAAGGGUACUCGGACGAAGAUCUUCGCGAGGCCAUCGACGACUUCAAGACGCCAAUGAGGCCGGAUACCGAAAGGAGCAGAAGUCCAACGAGGCCACCGACGGUACAGUAUGAGCAGUGCUGCCAAGGACGAGCUACCGCCAUUUACAUCGACAAGGUUUCCAGAUUCUUCUUCCCCUUCUCAUUCUUCAUCCUUAACGUCGUCUAUUGGAGCACAUUCCUGUAAUGCAACUCCGGGCAAGACGCAUGUCCGCGACUCGGCGAGAGCCGGAUGCGCUUUUAAAGACAUCGAAUUAUGGAAAGAAUAUCCUGGGAUGCAGCGAUAAAUUUGUCGAAGCAAGCUAAUGGAAAGUGUAUCCUGCGAACUAUCAUGUAUAAAGUACGGCACAAUAAAAGAGGAAGUGGAAUAAAAUCCGCAUAUUUAUUGAAGACGUGUCUAAUAGAUUGUGAUAACAAAAGUUAACCGAUCUGUGUUCAUUACAAGACACAUAGUAAAAAUGUCCUGUAACAAAUUAUAAGAAACAUAACAAUAUAGUUAUAUUGAUAAAUAGGA